AUGGUUCAACCCGGGUGCUGGGGACCCGAAUGUCUUUUUCCUGGUCCUGAUUCCGGCGCUAUUCCCGGCCGGUGUACGGGAACGGCCGGUUACGUGUCCAACUUCGAGAUCCGCGAAAUCAUCGCGGCCGAUUCCGAGAUUACGCAACACAACGACGACAACGGCGAUGUGCUGGUGUACGGCGGCGAUCAGUGGGUCUCGUGGCUGUCCAAGUCGUCGUAUCAGGCUCGGCUCGACUGGAUCCGGGGCCUCAACUUCGGCGGCACGUCAGACUGGGCUACCGACCUGGACGCUGACUAUGGAUCGUGUUCGGGAAGCCCUGGGGGCAGUCCCGGCGGUGUUAGUAGCGGUGACAGUGGUUCUGCGCCUGUCAUCAUCAGCCCGUCCAUUUAUGACGAUGCGGCGGAUGCGCCCGAUGUGUUCUGCGAACCGCCGUGUACCUUUAUCUUCCCGCCUUGGCAACUGGACACGGCCACGACAAUCAGCAUGGCGCUUGUGACAGUGGUGUACACGGAGAACUGGGAGAGCACAACGACCGUGAACUGCGCUCCCGUGACGGCGUCGACGGGCACAGUCACAAGCACGGUCAUUACGGUUCCACCACUGACUACAACGGAGAUUCCACUGUGGGAUGUAGUGUGGAACGGAAACACCGACGACGACAACGACGACGAUGAUGAUGAUGACAACGACGGCCUCAUAAUUUACCUCACUAGCAGCGUGCUGUUCCCGCCCCUCACAUUGACCCGGACCCGACCACCCGUCCCGGGCAAUACCGGAACGGACACGAUCGGGUGGACAUACAGCCCAGGGCCGUUCCCCACGAUACACCCCCGGCUGCUUCGACUUUGGUUACGGUGGAGGAGGAGGUGGAGGGGGCCCUAG